AUGCUGUAUUCAGUACGAGAUAAGGCUCUAGUUGGCAUCGACCUGCUUUCUUUCACGACCACGCCACGCUUCCGAGGCGUGAAAACAUUACCGCCAGGCUUGCACUUCACCUUUGUCGGCUCAAGCACAGCAUUCUCCGAGCGACAUGGCAUCUGGUUCAGGAUCAAGCAGGGCGCCAACGCGCCAGGCAUACCGAUCUUCAUCGCGAAGUGGGAUUGUUCAACGGAGACCUUGCAGGCAGUGACAGACCAAGCCGAGCAGUUGAGGUGGCGAGCCAACCUUGGCAGCAUCUGGCAGGAAGGACUCACACCAUACCGACAGACGACCGCCAAAGACACAGAAGACGAGUCAGAGGAGCUCGUCGACUGGAGCAAGCUCACCAGUCACAUCAGUGACAAAGUGUUGUCACGCAUCACUGGCAGCACUUCGGAUUCACGGUCACUCAGCUCAGGCAGCUCGAGCAAGCGUGACCUGGAGCAUAUUCCGGGCUUGAGCAAAGCAGAGACCGAGCUACAGACAGAUCAAGAGCUCAAUUUCUUGCCUGUCGAGCUCAAGCAGACAUGGCGGCAAGGAGCUACAGGACGAGAGCGCACGGAAGCCGCACAAGAUCGAUCUUGGGCACUCAGCAGCCUCAUUAACGAGCACUGCACCGAUGCUCUAGAAGUGGUCGGCGAACUUCAGUUCUGCUUUCUCAUGGUCUUAACGCUGAACAACUACUCCUGUCUCGAACAGUGGAAGCGUCUCCUGAAUCUGCUAUUCACUUGCCACUCAGCAGUAGUGACCAGAUCUCAACUCUUCAUAGAGGUCAUCAGAGCACUAUUGUUACAGCUUCAGCACUGCAAGGUGGCCGACAGCGGUCUCAUAGACUUGGCAGACGAGGGUGGCUCCUUGCUCAAACAUCUGCUAGUGCGCUUCCGGAAAGGUCUUCAAGGUCUAGGCACCCAAAGCAGUAUCGGUGUGCAAGACAUGAUCGACGAACUUGACGAUCUCGAAGAAUAUCUACGUACAGAACACGGCUGGCAGUUCGGAGGCACAUUCGCCAAGUCAGGUUUCCUCGAGAUGGAAGACGGCGAGCAAGUGCACAUGGACAGCACAGCAUUUGACGAAGAUGACGAGACGGGCGAGUAUGCACCACAAAUCGUUGACUUGACGCCCGAGCAGGCACGUUUACUGAAUGUUGGCGGUGCGGAGGAUCUGCAUCAUAGCCUCAGCAAGACAUCACUAGUCGAGGCUGCGACUGAGGAGUCAGAUGAUGAUGUGGUGGAUGAGGAGGAGGCGGAGAAGAUCGUCAGGAGCCAGAUUUCAAGACCAGCUGCAAACGGGCAUGCGAGUGACAGUGAAGAGCCCGACAGUGAGGAAGAAACUGACGACCUCGACGAUAUGGACGCUCGGUACUGA